AUGGCACUUCGCGUUGAUGAACGUGCCCGAGUGCGCGGUUCUUGGCUGUGGCUCCUUUGGCACUGUCUGGCGAGCGCGGGAUGUUCACACCGGCCACAGCUACGCAGUACGGUGCCCCGGCGCGGCUUCGCCAAAGUGGCGCAGCGGGAGAGCGAGGUGGCGGAUCGUCUCAGCAAAGAGCCGCACAGGUGUGUAGUGCAGCUGUUCCACGCCAAGCAUUUCCCGGACCUCCGCAUGUACUGCUUCGUCAUGGAGCUCUGCUCAAAAGGGAAUCUGACCAGCCACAUCCGCAAGCUGCGGAGCAACGACAGCUCCGCGGGCUUCGGCGAGUAUGUGGCCCCAGCAGAGGCCUUCCAUUGGAUCGGCCAGCUGCUUCUGGGUCUCGAGCACCUCCACGUCAUGAACAUGUUGGUUCGUGACCUGAAGACCGACAACGUCGUCCUUAGCGACCAAGGCCGGGCAGACCGCAUCAUGGCCAAGAUCACGGACUUCGGCUUGUGCCGCUUUGGCACAGAGGCCACUGGUGACUGGACCUUCGAUGCGCCACCGGGGACCCCGGCCUACAUAGCACCCGAGGUCAUCAAGGGCCAGAACUACGGCAAAGCCGCAGACUUGUACUCCUUUGGUGCUGUCAUUUGGGUGAUCCUCACCGGCGGUCUCAAGGUCUUAACUGCUGGCUUGCCCAAAGUGGAGCCACCAUGUGCUGAGAUGGCCCACAAGUGGGACUACUCGGUGCUCGCGCAGAAUUGCAAGCUGAUUGCAGCUUGCGUGCAGAACCCCGAGAAGCACAAUGCCAGACCUUUGCCUUCAGGGGCUGCCAAGGAGUUGGUCUUGGGCCUGACACGAGACGAGGCGGAGAAACGACCUUCUCUCCCUUCAUUGCGGAGGCACAAGGCGCUGGUGCAUUUGAAGCUACCACCAGCUCCAGCAAGCAGCAAGCAGGCAGACGCCUGGCUUGCUACACUCUGCUGUCUGUCCUGUGGAGGUCAUGGCUGCAGCCUGUGUAGGCUGAUGGAGGAUGGAGGCAUAUUGCUGGAAGACUCGCCGCUGAGGAGACGGAGGCCUCGGAAGACGCCAGUCCCAAGGCGUUCCAGCCUACAAGCCCUUGUGACCAGGAGCUGA